AUGGGUACGGGAGUCUGCUUUGAUGAGAGGAAAGAGAUUGAAAGAGAAGAGGAAAAUGGGAGAGAUUCAUGUCUGAAGAAAUUGGAGACUGUCUGGUCAUUGACAAACAAAUCAUUUCCAGUUGAAAUAAAUUUAAUGGAAGGCGGUAUUGGUCAUUUCGACCAAACGUAUGUCGAGAUGAAAAGAAGCAGUGUUCAGAUGGAAGUGGCUAUCAUGAGGCCUUUCUAA